CUAAACGGAGGGAACACGAAAACCCACCCUCUCGACGUCAGUUGUGCGUCAAGAAAAAAACCAGGAAAAAGUUACCAGUACGUGGCCUUUUCAUUUUGGACGUUAGCUGUGCUGUUGGACUUUGGCGUCUUCAGAAGAUGGAACUCGAGGCCAUGACCAGAUACACCAGCCCGGUGAACCCAGCAGUGUUCCCCCACCUCACCGUGGUGCUGCUGGCCAUUGGCAUGUUCUUCACCGCCUGGUUUUUCGUUUAUGAAGUGACGUCAACAAAAUACACAAGGGAUGUCUAUAAGGAGCUGCUGAUCUCCCUUGUGGCUUCACUUUUCAUGGGCUUCGGUGUGCUGUUCCUGUUGCUGUGGGUGGGGAUCUACGUAUGAGGGUUACGCACUUACAAUACAACCAUUCCAACAGUACAGGACAUCACUGAUGACACACAGGAUUUUGGAUAUAAUUGGAUGGCACUGACAAUAUGGACUCUGAAUAUUGAUUAUGUCACAAGUAAAGGGGAUUUGUACAA